AUGCAGGGCUGGCAGCCCCCAGCUGUGGCUGUGACUGACCUACUGGUGCCCAGAUGUGGGUGUUCUCCCCAGGACGUGAUAAGGGAAGAGAUGAGGGUGGCAGGUGUCCAUGGAGGUUAUCAGCAGACAAGGCUGAGCUCCACAGCACAGAACUCGUGUCAUGCUGUGGGUCCAUGAAAGGGGCACUGUUGGGGUGAAGGUUUGGUGGUUUGCAAUGGGGCAGAGGGGUUGUCGUAGGCAGGGCUGGUCCCUGGGCUGGGUGGCAGCACUAUCCCAGGAGUGAGUGAUGAGCUUGAGGGUCCCUGGAACACUUCAGUGCCACCAGAAGCUGCUGUUAGGGUGGGAGUCAGGUGCACCUGAGCCUCCUACACAUAGCCAUUUGUGCCAGUUCUGCACCUCUUUGUGGGUUCCUGUGCUGUGGGGUGCCUGUGCCAUGCUGUGUAGUGCAGGGAUUCUCAGGGUGAGAGCUGACUUCUCAGUCUCUUGGGCGGUUCCAUGGGCUCUCUCCUCCCCUGCGGCCUGGGUGCCCCAAGGGACUUCAGAGGGUGCCAGGGCAAAAGGAGGGAGGGCCAAGGCAGGUCUCUCCUCCCCUGCCCUCCCCUCUCUUCCCUUGCUGGGUCUGUUGCUGCCAGACCAGCUGCCUGCUGGGGCUUUGCGCUGGGGUGAUGUUGACUGCUGAGGCUCCCUGGGACCUGCAGGGGCUACAAACGGUGGGCAUCAUCCUGCUGCUCUGCUCCAGCCUCAAGCUACUCCAUGCCCUGGGCAUCACUGACUUCCUUGCAGACAGUGUUGAGGAUGAGUUUGAGCUCUCCACCGUCUGCCACCGCCCCGAGGGGCUGGAUCAGCUUCAGGAGCAGACCAAGUUCACCCGAAAAGAGCUGCAGGUCCUGUACCGAGGCUUCAAAAAUGAGUGCCCGAGCGGCAUUGUCAACGAAGAAAACUUCAAGCAGAUCUAUUCACAGUUCUUCCCUCAGGGAGACUCCAGCACAUACGCCAGCUUCCUCUUCAAUGCCUUUGACACCGACCACGAUGGGUCUGUCAGCUUUGAGGACUUUGUGUCUGGGCUGUCCACCAUCCUGCGAGGCACCAUUGACGAUCGCCUGAACUGGGCCUUCAACCUCUAUGACCUGAACAAAGAUGGCUGCAUCACCAAAGAGGAAAUGCUGGACAUCAUGAAGUCCAUCUACGACAUGAUGGGCAAAUAUACCUACCCGGCCAUGCGGGAGGAAGCGCCCCGGGAGCACGUGGAGAACUUCUUCCAGAAAAUGGACCGGAACAAGGAUGGUGUGGUGACAAUUGAGGAGUUCCUGGAAUCCUGCCAGAAGGACGAGAACAUCAUGCGGUCCAUGCAGCUCUUCGACAGUGUGAUUUAGCUCCCGGACCUGCCUCCAGCUCAGCGCUCCUGACACUGGGCCCAGAACCUGCUUCUCUCUCUUGACUUUUCCUUCAAGCCUCCCCUCCACUGGCUGCACAGACACCCCUGCAGGAAGGGACCUCCCUUUCCGGAGAUGCAGUCAGCACUGAGAUCUUCCCUUUCCCCUGAGCUGGCUCUGCUUUCCUCGGGGGAUCCCAAGCAGGUGCUCCCAGACAUCGGAGCAUGGGCAUGGCUGGCACAGGAUGAGCAUUUCACCUGGAUGGACCUCCCUGCACCCAUUCCUGGUGCAGAAGCUGCAGCCUUGGGCUGCAAUAGAGGGUUUUCCCCAUGCACACCACCCGUGCAGCUCCCCUAAUCCUGAUCCUCCCCAGCCCCAGGAGCCCCCAGUCCUGGCUCCAGCCCAAACCCUCCAGUGAUGCUGUCUAGAAACCACUAAAGUCUUGCAAAGGGCCCCAGUGCCUUGGCUUCCUCCCCUGCCCUGGCUGUGUCCUGCCAUGGGGAGCAUGUCCAGCGUGCCAGCCACCCUCCCUGUCCAGACACUGGGCCAGUGGGUGGGCAGAGGGACCAUGCCUGGAGAAGGCAGCCGCAUGGGCACCUGGGGCUCAUUGCUGCAUGAACUGUGGGGAGCAUCCCCUGAUCCCAAGGGUCCUGGUUAGACCUAGGAGGCUCAUCCUGACAAGGGGAGAGGGGAGACUAAAGGAACCCCGAGGUGACUUCUUGUGGCACAGGUCCCCCAGAAUGAAGGAUGCGAGGCUGGAAGGGCUGCAACCUCAGCCCCUGUCCCUUGAGUUCAGGGUGCUGGCACACAGGGACCUCAGGGAACCACUUUGAGGCUCCAAUCAAGAGAUACCCUUUCCAACCUUUCCUGAGGACAUGGAAGCCAGGGUAUGAGGACACAUAAAAGAAGGAGAUGUGCUGGGCUCUGGUGGCUGUCCUGGCCCUUAGAGCUCCCAGCUAUGCUCUUGGCAUCGUUUGCUGCUCCCAGGCCCAGGCUCAUCCCAGCCCACCUGCUGCCCAGGGGCUGGGGAAUGAGCAAUGGGACAGAGAGGUGUUCUCACAGGCAUAGCCCUGUGCUGGGGAUGUGGUUGAGCUGGCAACUCCUGGGAGAGAUAGCUGAGGCUGGGGACAGCCAGAAGUCAUUGCCAUGCUGCUGGCAGGCUGGAGGGUCACCUUGGGGCAGGGGGGCUCAUCCCCAUCUCCCAGCAUGGCCAGGUGAGAGCCUGCAUGGGGACCCUGGUGCUCCCCACAUCCUUGUCACCAUCAGCUCCUUGGAGCUGAGUGUGUGCAGGCAAGGCUGUCCUGCCCACAUACCACUUCGAGUUGUAGCUGAGUGAUGCCCAUGUGCUAAUGAUCCCAUGCCAAUGCCAGAGGCCCUCCACAGGCAUUGGGAAUGUACCCAGCCUUGGCAGUCCCUGACUGUGGCUCUAGCAUCUGCAUCCUUAGCAGCCAAGGGUGAUUUGGGCUGGCCUAAACUGCAGUGUCUGGGAUCAACUGGGAAGGAGUGCAAGGCCAGCACGCACGUCAGGCUGGGCCCCAGACCCAGGCUGAGCCCCUGGUGUUGGAGACAUUAGAAAUCCCCCCUGGGGCUCUGAGCCAAAGCUACGGGGCCACUCCCCAGCGGGACCAUCCUUAUCCCAUCCCUUGUAGAUAUGAUGUGUUUUUUAGGUUCAUUCAACACAUUAUUCACCUCGCAGAAAUGACGUGUUUUUUUAGGUUCAUUCAACACACCCUUCAUCUUGCAGACCUGUUCCCAGGUUUGUUGUGGGGCUGAGCUCCCACUUGCAUUCUCUCAAGGGUGGGAGGGCAGGUAUCCCAAACCUUACCCCUUGCGUCCCUUUCUCCCUGUUCUCCCUCCUCCCAGGCUCUCUGGGGUGCCCACAAUCCCCCUCCCACACGGAGCAGAUGCCGCCUUCUCCCUCACGCUGUAGGUCGCAUGGAGUGACCCCCUGCCCUGGGGCAUGGUGACCCACAACCCGCUUGGCAUCUCCAGUCUGUAUAUUUUGUAUUAUAACAAUUAUAUGGGUAAAAAAACCCCAAACAAACAAACCAACCAAUAAAAUCUAACCACAGUCGCUAUGCA